ACACACCCAACCGUCCAGCCGCGCACCAGGUUGACAGGUUCUCCUCUUUUUUCUUCUUCCCCUCCUCCUCCUCCUUCUUUUCUCCUUUCUUCUUCUUCUUCUAUCUGCUCUGCUGACCGCCUGCGCCGUGAUUUAAGAAAAACAAACAAACGGUCGGUUCAAAUCGUUUGAACCAUAACCGCCGGUUCGAAAACCGACGAACCGGCGGUUCGAACCGACAGUUCGAAUCGGAAUGGGCCAGUCUACACCCAGUAACAGCCAGGUAGCAGGUAGCGAUCAAGUUUCUCUUCGAUGUUGACUUGAUUUCGAUUUACAGCAUUUCAGCAUAUCUCAACUUCUCAGUUCAAGUUUCCUACAAAAUAUUAGAGACGCACCAAGUAUACAAACAAACAGCACUGCAUUUUCAAACAUGAAAACAAGUGUUUCUUGGGUGCCACUUAUUGAGGAGUUCACUUUUUCUGCUAACUCAGCCCCUUUUAACAGUUGCCAUGCUUCAACAAUUGUUGAGGUUGGUAAAAAUCACUACUUGGUUGCUUAUUUUGGUGGUACAGCAGAGGGAGCGGCUGAUGUGAAAAUUUGGAUCCAGAAUUACAAGGAUGGCCAUUGGAACUCUCCUUUGAUUGCUGAUGAAGAACCUAAUGUUCCUAUGUGGAAUCCCGUGUUGUUUAAGCACCCAUGCAAUGAGCUACUGCUAUUCUAUAAAAUCGGACAAGAAGUACAAAAAUGGAGCGGGUGUAUGAAGCGGUCUUCCGAUGGUGGAGUCACUUGGUCAGAGAGAAUUCAGCUUCCUCCUGGCAUAUUGGGACCAAUAAAAAAUAAGCCCAUAUUGCUAGAAAAUGGGGAUUUGCUCUGCGGGUCCUCUGUCGAGAGCUGGAAUUCAUGGGGUGCCUGGAUGGAGAUUACUAAAGAUUUGGGCUAUUCAUGGAGCAAGUAUGGGCCUAUAUAUAUUAAGGAUAAUCCACUCAGUGUGAUUCAACCUGUUCCUUACAAGACUGCAAAAGGACAUUUGCGUGUUCUGUUGAGAUCCUUCACCGGAAUUGACAAAAUUUGCAUCUCAGAGUCACGCGACGGAGGCCACAUCUGGGACUAUGCAAUGCCUAUUGAGCUUCCGAAUCCAAACUCAGGAAUUGAUGGAGUUAAGCUGAGGGACGGGCGGCUUGUGCUUGCGUACAAUACAAUUUCCCGGGAGGUGCUUAAAGUCGCCAUCUCUGAAGAUGAUGGUGACUCAUGGCGAGAUGUUGCCACACUGGAGGAGACUCUGGGAAUGGAAUUUUCCUAUCCGGCUGUCAUCCAGGACAGCAAUGGAUUAGUUCACAUUACCUACACUUAUAACAGAACACAGAUCAAGCACGUCGUCUUUCAACCCUACUGACAAAAUGGAUAAUGGUCGAGGAAGAACCAUCUUGGUGAGGGAAGGCAUUGAAUUCACAAUUACUGGUUGUGUUGUAUUCUUUCAAGAUUAUAUCCAAGUAACAGCAACGUCAUUUCUCUCUCUCUUUCUCUGCUGGUGAAUUACAACUACCACUCCACUCUGGAUGUAGAGGAUUAGGGUGGUAUACAUGGGUCAAAUAUUGGCUUAUUAUGAUUUUUUUUU